AUGUUUAGCUGGAAGAAACAGAACCCACCCUCGCAACAACGACAGCAGCAGCAGGCAGUCGGCGGUCAUGGGGACUAUAGUGACCUCAUUGCACAGGGCAUGCGACUUGCCAACGAGGACCAUGACCAUGGCAUAGGCGAGGACAUGGACGACGACGACGACGACGGAGACCUUGGCGAUAUUGAUCUGAAUGACCCUGACUUGCUGGCAGAACUUCAAGGAUUGACCGGCGAAGCUCCUGCCCCGAAGCCAAAGCCUGCACCAACGCAGGCUUCUCCAAAAACAUCAACAAUCGCUCCGGCACCAGUUGCAGCACUAGCACAACAACAGCGACCAGCCGUUGCGGCAAAACAGCCAUCAACAAAUACCUCAGCUCAGCCCCAAGCGUCCAAGAAGUCGUCGCCAUCAAGCCCGGCUGCCGAUACACCGGCAUCAUUAGCUGCGCUCGGUGUGGACCUUCAUGGAGUCAUGGAGGAUAACGACGAGGAUGUUGAACUCACUGAGGAUGACUGGAACGAUCCGCACCUUCUGGCCCAGUUACAGUCCUAUGGUGGACAUGUAGAACACCAUGAUCAAAAGCCUGGAGCAUCUGCGAGAACGGCAGCGGGAAGCACAGCAAAACCUGCACCUGCCUCGCCGCCUCCAGCAACAUCAACACCCAUUCCUACCGAGUCUGGACCGCUAUCAUCAGCUGACGCGCAGCCAAGCAGCGAAAAGAAGCCCGCCUCGACCAAUUCGUCCAUAAUUGCGAUUCCACCCAAGGACAAGGCUUUCCACGACGAGGAUAUGGAUGGAGAUUCCAUUAUGGCUGAGCAGCAACAGGAAGAACCCAAGACCUCUGAACAACCGACAUUAUCAUCUCCUGUGAAAGAAAAAUCUCCAAAGCGACUGGAGGAGAUUUCAAAAAAGAAUGACAAGGAUCUGCUGAGGCUUUUGCAAACGCGGGAUAAGCAGUACAAACGAGCCGCAUUGGACGCUAAACGAGCAGGAGAUAUGGCGCUGGCUGCGGAAAGGGUGAAGACAUUCAAGACUCUGCAAACAUGGAUUCGACUAGUGGAGGCAGGAGGAUUCCUUGACUUGGAGCUAUACCCGAUUCCAGAUGAGCCUUCGACAGGAACGACCACGACGAAGGCAGACGAAGGCGCGAGCCCUGCUGGAACAUCUGCCUCCCCUGCGAUUCCUUCAACGCAGCAGGGUGCGCCCCAAACUCCGGGCUCCAAGUCAUAUACACCACCAAUCUCAUCGUCGGCGCCGAAUUCCACAACUCAAGUUUCUAGCAGCAUUGCGGAGGCGUCAGCAGAGGACAUGAGGAGCGGAUCGCUAGUUCGUGGAGCUGCAGGAGGCGGUAUCGAGUUCAAGCGGCUGGCAGUGGAUGACGACUUUCAAAUAGUUUCAAACUCGGACGACGACACUUAUGACAUGCUGCAAUCACAGCUCGAGUCUCAGAUCAAGAUGUGCACGACUAUCUGUAUGUACUACUAUCAGAUUGGAGACCAGAAAACUGCGGUAGAGUUCAACAGAGUGAAUAAGGUCUUCAAGGCGGAUCUCGUGUCGUUACAGUCGCACAGGAGUCAUAAAAUGAAGGCACCGGCGUUCCAUUUCCAGGAUGUUCGGUUCGAGGUAGAGGUUGGAUUCUAUCAGGAGAUCGGUUUGAAUGAUUUGGCACUCAGCAUUGUCAGGGCAUGGGACCUGUCGCAUAAGGACGUGCAGCCGAAGGAUAUUGAGGCGUACGUGAUAUGGGAUCUGGGAUGGCCGACCGAGAACAUGGCCGGUGCGGGAAACGGUAAAGGAACGACACCGACUGUCAAACGCUCGCCUAAACCCGACUUUAAUUACAACAAGACCUUAGGCAUUGAACGGACGAAGGCCUUCCAGAGGUUUGCUGAGAAGAGGAAGGCGACAUUUGAAGUGUGGCACUAUAGGGGUCUACUUUGGAAGGAUUAUUUGAUCGGACGCGCGCAGGUUCCGCUGGAGUCGCUCCUGAACCAUUCUGAGAUCCACGAGAUUCUUCCUGCAAGUACUUCUAGUCGUCAACAUGAAGAGCUCUUUAUUCUACUGAACCCAACAACACGACGAAACACCGGAGGAAAGAUUGAGAUCAAGAUCCGCCUGCAGCGACCACUGCUGGAGCCAGAGAUUGUGGUCAAGGAGGAAAAAUGGCUGGUCAUCGACGAGUUUAACUCUGGCGGAUUGGGAUUCCCAUCACCUGUCGCAGCAGCAGCACCAUCGCGUUCAGUAGCCAGUCCACUUGCAAGAAGGGCAGGAACGUCUGCAGGUAGGGCUACAAAGGGUGCUGCUACACCAGCAGCGCCUGCCAGUCGGACUGUCCCUAUCCCUGCGCCUACAGCAGCACCAGCGCCUCCAACUACUCCAGCAGCGCAACCUAGACAAACGGCAGCACCGCUUAAACAGCCUGCAGCAACUUCAAGUACGCCAAUUGCUGAACCUGCUGCUCGGAGCAGCAAUCCAAUUCCUGCGGUGCCAAAAGCUGCAACGCCUGCAGCAACAGCAAAACCUAAAAUGGCAGCGCCAGCACCGGAAGAACCAGAAGAAAGCGAGUCCGACAAGGCCCUCAGUGAGCUCAACAGUGUUGACUUGUUGGUAUCGAAUAUGGUUUUAGAGAGCGAGAUUCAACGAGCACAGCAGAUGGUACACGAUGCCCGGGCUGUGGGCAAUAAGGAGGCCGCAGAGGAACACCAGGACCGUUUGACUCAAUUGGAGAUCAAGAUGAAGUUACUUGUGCUUCAGGUGCAGACGGGUCAGCUCACCAUGGACGCGUACUGCCAGACUGUGAACGCUCGCAUAGAGAAGGACAAGAAGCUGGCGAUGGAGUUCAAGCGGUUAAAUAUGUUGCCUGAGGCCAAGCGGGCAUUGACACGGUACAUGAUCAUGGCGAAGGAGAUGAAGGAGGUAGAGGAGGCCAUGGCAGCGCAGGGUGAGGGAGACGAGGAGGAGGAGGUGUAA